UGACAUUAAGUUUUAUGUUUUACUUAUAAAGUAAUGUUACAAAGUUUGUGACAAACACAAAGCCGUAUUUACAUCGCACAUUUACUUCGUUUAUUUCUGAUUUACCCAUAUAAUUCAUUCAUGCCACCGUGCACUAUCUACAUUAUGGAGGGUAGAGGUACCUCUUACAACUUAUAUUUACAAGUUAUAACAUAACCUAUUUCAACCUAUUCGAAAACAUUCAAUACAUAACCCACAAUCAUUCUGAAAUUGAUACUAACUGUUAUUGCGAUAUCAAAGUAUACUUAUUUACAAAUUUAAAUAGUAACAAUGGCAAUGGCUGGAGCCUCCGUCGAAGCUGAAGUUGAAGCAAUUAAAUCUUUUAGAGAUUUUCUUACAUCGUACAACAAAUUAUCAGAGGUCUGCUUCAUUGAUUGUAUAUCGGAUUUUACUUCGAGAGAUCUCAAAAGUAAAGAAGAAAAAUGUGCUGUAAAUUGUAUGGAAAAAUAUUUAAAAAUGAAUCAACGUGUGUCUCAACGGUUCCAAGAGUACCAAAUGGUUAUGAAUGAAAAUCUAGCAGCAAAUAUGAAGAAGUUGGGGUGAAUGUUAUUUAUUAAAUAUUGUUCAUGUAUAAUGAGGUUCAUUGAAUAAAUAUUAUUAAAGGA